AUGAGCACUGGAGUUCGAGAGAGAGAGAGAGAGAGAGAGAGAGAGAGAGAGAGAGAGAGAGAGAGAGAGAGAGAGAGAGAGAGAGAGAGCCAGGUGACGCGUGCGUGGGGGACCGACACACUGGGGCAGCGCCGGUACCAAAAAAAACAGGUGCCGGGCUGCCAGUGUGUGCCGCGACGCUCAACAGGGAGGACCCGCGCCGCCAACCUCCGUCUCGUGUGUAAAAAGAGAAUCAGUCACCCCUUGGAAGCGACAGCCGUGAGAUCCGAACCCUUGCCACCGAACUACGACUUUGAUACAUUCCGCCAGUGUUCCGAUACAGAUAGUAAUGGUGAUAUAGAAAAGUGAAGCGUGUACGAAGAUUAAACCUGAACGCGGUGUUACAGAGGAAAAAGAAACUGGUGAACUUCAACUGAGCGAAGGUUACUGAGAGGACCGAAGCUGCCUGACUGAACGGACCGAACGCUACCCAGUGAAACCGUGCGAAGUGAACCGAACUCAUUGGACCGUCUGAUGCGAGUGAUGCUUUCUGGAACGUAUCUAUUGAACGUUACUCAGUGGAACGUUUGAUCGGCGAAAACUGGGCUCGAUUGAACAUUAUAGGGAGUUAUAUGUCCCUAAACGAAGCAAAGAGAAACGUCUGAUUAAAAAAGGAAAGGUGAUAUUUUUUUAUUUAAGGUGAACGAUAGUGACUGAGAAAAGUGUGAGGAUAGAAAGAAAAGCUGAUAAAGAAGUGGAAAUUUGAGACAAUAUAAAAGAUCUGAGUGACAUACGAAAGAAAGGAAAAACAAACUUGAGGGAAUAAGAAAGAGAAGAAAACAAACGGAAAUAGAAAGUGAAAAUCUGAAUAAUAGAGUGAAAUAAGGAACAUCGAUAAAAGAAAUAAUAAAAAAGAAGGAGAAUUAAAGAAAGUACGAUAAUUAGAAGAAAAGGAAAGAAAGAAAAAUCAAGUGAGGAAAAAUACGAAAGAGAAGAUAAAAAAACAGACAAAAAAAGACAAACGGAAAAGAAGAAAAGGGAAAUAAAGACAAAAAUAAAAUAAACAAAAAAACACAAAUUACAGAAACAAAAAAACAAACAAAAGAAGAAAAAAACACCAAAAAAUAGAGAAAUAUAAGAAGAAAAUAAACAGAAACCACAAACACACCAAAAAAUAAAAGAACAAAAGAAGAAAAAUAGUUUAUAGAAAAGAAUAAGACCAGAAAAUCGGAUUACACACACACACACACACACACACACACACACACACACACACACACACACACACACACACACACACACACACACACACACACAAAGAUGGAAACAAUAGCAGAGGACAGUUUCUAUUUCCCUAAAGAGGAGGACAAAGAGGGCAACCACAACCACAAAACAUCACCAUCAUCAUCAGUAGCAAGAGGAGAAGAAAGAGGAGGAGUAAGAGGAAGAGGAGAGAAGGAGAAUGAGACGGAAAUGGGACAGAAAACUAAUGAUCUCUCUUUUCCCUCGAGAUCUGCCGGUGACGAUGAUCGCGGAGGAGGAGGAGGAGGAGGAGGAGGAGGACCAGAGAAAGGGGAAGAAGAGGAAGGGUCGGAAGAGGAGGAGGAGAGAACCGAAGUCGAUACAGAACAAGACAAGGACGAGAAACCAGACGAAAACAAAGAAGAAAACUCAUCCACCACUCCCGGCAACUCCACAACCACCUCACCCAUCACCGAAGAAGAGACUCCACCUCAGGCCUCCUCAUCCACCUCCUCAUCCAAGACCGUCACGCCCCCCACCUCCCUUCCGCUGGGCAAUAAGAGAGCCAUGAAGCCCCCCGCGAAGAACUGCUUUAGACUGGUGGUUCUGGGCGCCUCAAGAGUGGGCAAAACUUCCAUUGUGUCAAGGUUCCUGAAUAACAAGUUCGAGGACUCCUACACUCCUACGAUUGAGGACUUCCACCGCAAGCUGUACAGGAUCCGCGGGGACGUCUACCAACUGGACAUCCUGGACACCUCAGGCAACCACCCCUUCCCUGCCAUGCGCCGCCUCUCCUUUCUCACAGGUGAUCUCUUCGUGCUGGUCUUCUCGUGGGACUCCCGGGAAUCCUGGGACGAGAUCCUACGCCUACGAGAGCAGAUCCUGGAGACGAAGCAGUGUGCCUCAGCCUCGCUCUCCGGCAGUCGAAGGAGGUUAAGAGGAGGGACGAACCGGGUGCCCAUGGUGAUAGCCGGGAACAAGAAGGACAAGGAGCAGAGGUAAGCUUUGGGGACAGGUGGAAGUGGUGGGUUAACCCUUACACUACCAAGCUGCCGUUCGUGCGCGCAUUUCACACGCCACAAACUUUCCCGACCCUCCCGUCAUCACCG